AUGCAUGACAUUCUCUCCCCAGCUCUCCUCCUGGCCGUCAGGAUCAACAGCAAGGGCCGGGAGGUGCUGUACCUGGCCAAAGGUGACUCGGUGAAGCUGGGCUGCCCCUAUGUCCUUGAGCCCGAAGACAACGGUCCCCAGGGCGUGGGCAUCGAGUGGAUCCAGAUCACGCCCGAGCGGACUGGCCCAGAGAAUGUGUUCCUGUCCUACCAUGACCACCACGUCAACUACGGCAGUGGCUCAGGGCUGCAGGACCGAGUGGCCUUCGUGCAGAACGACCCCAGCCAGUACGACGCCUCCAUCCGCCUGGCCGACCUGCAAGUCUCCGACACUGGCACCUACCAGUGCCGGGUGAAGAAAAACACUGUGGCCGUGCAUGAGGUCAUUGUCACUGUGCAAGAGAAGCCAGUCACCCCGCAGUGCUGGACCGAGGGGGAGCUGAUAGAGGGGAGCAGCAUCCUGCUGCGGUGCUACAGCCGGGGAGGCACCUCCCCGCUUGCCUACCAGUGGGCCAAGCUGGCUGAUGGCUACGGCGGGGGACGCCUGCCCUCCGGCACCAUCCAAGGACGUGCUCCUGGCGACCUGUUAAUCCGUAGCCUGUCGGAGGUGCACGCUGGUGUCUACCAGUGCCGUGUCACCAACCGUGUGGGCUACUCCGUGUGCCAGAUCAACCUCAACCCCACACCAAGUAAGUGCCACCACGGGGGUGACAGCACGAGCAAGGUGCUGCCAGGGGCUGUCUCUGCAUGUCAGGAUGCCACCGGGGGCAUGGUGACCAGUGGGCAGCCGGCGGGGAGGCCGGCGGUGACAGGCUGUGCUCCUGCGGCAGGAGGAAGGCAAGCGGGCAUCAUCGUGGGCUCCAUCCUGGGCUCUCUCCUGCUCCUCAGCCUGCUUGGGCUCCUCAUCUGGGCGCUGAUCUGCCGCUACCGCCGGAAGGAGUGCCAGCGGACCUGCAGUGACUGCAGGAGCAGCACAGGCGGCACCAUGACCCGCACCUGCAACGUCUGCGCCCACCACAGCUACUCACCCCACGGCAUCAGCUACAUGCAAUGCCAGCACAGCGAUGGCGACGAGCGGGCGGCCGCCCUCAUGUGCAACGAGGGCAUCCGGCACCAAGUCGCCUGCCCAGCGCUGUAA